UCGUUAAGCACCGUGGGCCUGUGUCGGAGUAACUGGGUGUACUGUUGUUGACUGAGAGAGGGCUCUCAAACCUCAUCCCGCCAAACUCUUGCGAGGUUUAAGCUUCCCAAAAUCCUAGACCUUUCUCUCUCUAUCUCUCUCAUCAUCAUCACCUGCAAUUCCAUUUCUCUCUCUGUCUCUGUCUCUGUAAGUAUGAGUUUCGCAGCCUACAAGAUGAUGCACUCGCCCACGGGCAUCGAGAACUGCGCCUCCGGAUUCAUCACUCAUUGUAGCGCCGACUUUGGCCCCCAAAUUCCUCCCAUUCAGACCGACGAUCUCGACUCCGACUGGCCCGAGUCCAAGCCCGUUGGCCCAAUUCCCAACCUCGUCGUCACCGCCGCUAACGUUUUGGAGGUUUACGUAGUUAGGGUUCAGGAAGAAGGCAGCAGCAGAGACUCCAGAGCUCCCUCGGAACCCAAGCGUGGCGGCGUUUUGGCCGGUGCAUCGGGGGCUUCGCUCGAACUCGUUUGCCAUUACAGGUUGCAUGGUAAUGUUGAAACAAUGGCAAUAUUAUCCUUAGCGGGUGCUGACGGUGGUAGAAGAAGAGAUUCGAUUGUCUUAGCGUUUCAAGAUGCUAAAAUUUCGGUUCUAGAGUUUGAUGACUCGAUUCAUGGACUUCGUACAAGCUCUAUGCAUUGUUUUGAGGGUCCGGAUUGGCUUCAUCUGAAAAGAGGAAGAGAAUCUUUUGCAAGUGGCCCAUUGGUGAAGGUUGACCCCCAGGGCAGGUGUGCUGGGGUUCUCAUUUAUGGCCUACAAAUGAUAAUACUCAAGGCGGCUGAGGCCGGUUCUGGUUUGGUUGGUGAAGAGAAUGCUUUUAGUGCUGGAGGUGCAGUCUCUGCUCGUAUUGAGUCAUCAUAUAUAAUCAAUUUACGAGAUCUGGACAUGAAGCAUGUAAAGGAUUUCAUAUUUGUACAUGGUUACAUUGAGCCUGUGAUGGUAAUUCUUCAAGAACAAGAGCUUACAUGGGCUGGGCGUGUCUCGUGGAAACAUCAUACCUGUAUGAUUUCUGCACUUAGUAUUAGCACAACUCUGAAGCAGCAUCCUCUCAUAUGGUCAGCUACUAAUCUCCCACAUGAUGCUUACAAGCUUCUUGCCGUGCCAUCCCCAAUUGGUGGAGUUCUUGUCAUUGGUGCAAAUACUAUUCAUUAUCAUAGUCAGUCUGCAUCAUGCAUGUUGGCUUUGAACAACUAUGCUGUUCCCAUUGAUAGCAGCCAAGAGAUGCCAAGAUCAAGUUUCAGUGUAGAGCUUGAUGCUGCCAAUGCAACUUGGUUAUUAAAUGACGUGGCCAUGCUGUCAACUAAAACUGGGGAACUUCUUCUGCUGACACUUGUUUAUGAUGGGCGGGUCGUGCAGAGACUUGAUCUUUCAAAGUCAAGAGCUUCAGUACUUACUUCGGGAAUCACCACAGUUGGAAACUCAUUAUUUUUUUUGGGUAGUCGACUGGGAGAUAGUUUGCUCGUGCAGUUUUCUUGUGGCAUGGGAGCACCAACAUUCCAUCAUGGUCUGAAGGAAGAGGUUGAAGAUAUUGAAGGAGAUGUCCCUUCAGCAAAGAGAUUAAGGAGAUCACCAUCUGAUACUUUACAGGAGAUGGUUAAUGGCGAGGAGCUUUCCUUAUAUGGUUCAGGUCCAAAUAAUGCACAGUCCGCACAGAAGACUUUCUCAUUUGCAGUGAGAGAUUCACUGAUUAAUGUUGGUCCUAUAAAGGACUUCUCUUAUGGCUUAAGGAUUAAUGCUGAUCCAAAUGCGGUGGGAAUUGCUAAGCAAAGUAAUUAUGAACUGGUGUGCUGUUCUGGUCAUGGUAAGAAUGGUGCUCUCUGCGUGCUUCAACAGUCAAUUCGGCCAGAAAUGAUGACUCAGGAACAAUUACCUGGUUGCAAGGGAAUAUGGACUGUUUACCACAAGAACACACGCAGUCAUAAUGUUGAUUCUUCAAAGACGGCUUUGGAGGAUGAUGAAUAUCAUGCGUAUUUGAUUAUUAGUUUGGAGAAUCGAACCAUGGUAUUAGAGGCAGCUAGUAACUUAGAGGAAGUUACUGAAACUGUUGACUACUACGUGCAGGGAAGUACAAUUGCUGCAGGAAAUCUCUUUGGAAGGCGUCGAGUAGUCCAAGUCUUUGCUCGUGGUGCUCGAAUUCUUGAUGGUGCUUUUAUGACUCAAGAUUUAAGCUUUCGAGCUCCAAACUCUGAAUCUGGCUCAGGUUCUGAAAGCUUGACAGUAUCAACUGUUUCUAUAGCUGAUCCAUAUGUGUUACUGACAAUGACUGAUGGAAGUGUUCAGCUUCUUGUUGGAGAUCCUUCUACUUGCACUGUUUCUACCAGCAUUCCAGCAAUAUUUGAAAGCUCAAAGAAAUUGAUAACUGCCUGUACACUUUAUCAUGAUAAAGGAUCUGAGCCCUGGCUACGGAAGACAAGUACUGAUGCAUGGCUUUCUACAGGCAUAGGGGAGACAAUUGAUGGGUCUGAUGGUACAUCUCAAGAUCAGGGUGAUAUCUACUGCGUUGUUUGUUAUGAAAGUGGUACUCUUGAAAUCUUUGACGUGCCUAAUUUUAAUUGUGUUUUCUCCGUGGAUAAAUUUGUGUCUGGAAAGGCCUAUCUUGUAGAUACCUUUAUCCAGGAGCCAUCUGGUGAUCCUCAAGAAACUAUGAAUAAAAAUUCUGAAGAAUUACCUGGCCAAGUUAGGAAAGAGAAUACCCAAAACUUGAAGGUUGUUGAGUUGGCUAUGCAAAGAUGGUCGGGACAGCAUAGUCGCCCUUUUCUUUUUGGAAUAUUGACUGAUGGAACUAUUCUUUGCUACCAUGCUUACCUAUUUGAAGCUUUAGAAAAUGCUUCCAAAAAUGAGGAAGUUGUUUCUGUUCAGAAUUCUGUUGACCUUAGCAGUAUAAGCACCUCUAGGCUUAGAAAUCUGAGAUUUGUUCGUGUGCCCUUGGACACAUAUGCAAGGGAGGAGACAUCACCUGGAACCCCAUGCCAACGAAUAACCAUCUUCAAGAAUGUUGGUGGUUACCAAGGAUUAUUCCUUUCUGGGUCAAGGCCAGCUUGGUUCAUGAUAUUCAGGGAACGGCUUCGAGUUCAUCCACAGCUAUGUGAUGGACCUAUUGUUGCCUUCACUGUCCUUCACAAUUUGAAUUGUAAUCAUGGUCUUAUACAUGUUACCUCACAGGGUAUUCUGAAAAUUUGCCGGCUGCCAUCUGUAUCAUGCUAUGAUAACUAUUGGCCUGUACAAAAAAUUCCAUUGAAGGGCACUCCACAUCAAGUCACUUACUUUGCUGAGAAGAAUCUAUACCCACUUAUAGUUUCUGUUCCAGUCCUUAAGCCAUUGAAUCAAGUUCUGUCAUCUAUGAUUGAUCAAGAAUUAGGUCAUCAGAUUGAGCACGAUAACUUGAGUUUUGAUGGGAGUUACACUGUAGAUGAAUUUGAGGUUCGGAUUUUGGAACCGGAAAAGUCUGGUGGCCCUUGGCAAACUAAGGCUACAAUUCCGAUGCAAAGUUCUGAAAAUGCCCUGACUGCGCGAGUGGUUACACUAUUUAAUACAACAACAAAAGAAAAUGAAACACUUUUGGCUAUUGGAACUGCUUAUGUUCAAGGGGAGGAUGUCGCUGCAAGAGGGCGUGUGCUCUUGUUUUCUAUUGAAAGAAAUCCAGAUAAUUCAGAGACUUUGGUUUCAGAGGUUUACGCAAAGGAGUUGAAGGGCGCUAUAUCUGCUCUAGCUUCAAUUCAAGGUCAUUUGUUGAUAGCUUCUGGUCCUAAGAUAAUCUUACACAUGUGGACAGGUUCAGAUUUGAAUGGUAUUGCCUUUUCUGAUGCUCCCCCGCUUUAUGUUGUGAGCUUAAACAUCGUUAAAAAUUUUAUCCUCCUUGGUGACAUUCAUAAGAGCAUAUACUUUCUUAGUUGGAAGGAACAGGGAGCUCAACUUAGCUUGUUGGCCAAGGAUUUUGGCUCACUUGAUUGUUUCGCAACAGAGUUUUUAAUUGAUGGAAGUACACUUAGUCUGAUAGUUUCAGAUGAGCAAAAAAAUGUUCAGAUAUUCUAUUAUGCGCCGAAGAUGUUAGAGAGUUGGAAAGGACAGAAGCUUCUUUCAAGGGCUGAGUUUCAUGUUGGUGCUCAUGUGACUAAGUUCUUGCGGUUACAGAUGCUUCCUACUUUAUCUGAUCGAACCAAUGCUAAUCCUGGCUCUGACAAAACCAAUCGAUUUGCUCUAUUAUUUGGCACCCUCGAUGGCAGCAUUGGCUGUAUUGCACCUCUUGAUGAACUCACAUUUCGUAGACUGCAGUCACUGCAGAAAAAGCUUGUUGAUGCUGUUCCCCAUGUCGCUGGACUAAAUCCAAGAUCUUUUCGUCAGUUCCGUUCAAAUGGAAAAGCUCAUCGGCCUGGCCCUGACAGCAUAGUUGACUGCGAGUUGCUUUGCCAUUAUGAGAUGCUCCCACUGGAGGAACAGCUUGAGAUUGCUCACCAGAUUGGAACGACUCGGUCACAGAUUAUGUCAAACUUGAACGACCUAACUCUGGGCACAAGCUUCUUGUGAGCAUGGAUGGGUCACAGAUUAUGUCAAACUCGAAUGACCUCACUCUGGGCACAAUCUUCUUGUGAUCAUGGAUGGCCAUUCCAGAUUCAGAACUGCAGCCAAGGAGCAUGAAACAACUAAAAGUGACUAGCCACAUGUCGGUGGGCCUACAUCGUGUUGUAUCUGAUCAAAUCCAAACUUAUUUGUUGUAAGAUGGGCUCUUUGUUUGCCAGUUGGUGAAACCGACUUGAUAUGUAUAUUUCUUUUAACAGCUUGGGGGCUCAUUUUGUUUAUACCUUUAAUUAUUUGUUUUUGAUGAUGGAAGAGAGAGACUUGGUAUGUGAUCAAAUCCGGUCAAAUUUGUUGCAAGACUGCCCUUUACUUUCCAUCAAUUACUUGAUUUCUUUUUCUUUUCUUUUUUUUUUAUAGGUAUUUUUUUCACUAUAGGAUGUGAUCCUUUUAUCAUUUGUUUCUGAUAAUUGAUUAUGUAUUAGAAAACUGGAUGUCAACCUGGCCACUGAUUGAGUCUGAUAUCUCUUUAAGAACCCAAUUGAUUUGCCAAAUCAACUAAUGUAAUAACUUUA